UUUAUUUUAUUUUUGUAAUUUUUAAGAAACAAAAGUCUGCAAAAUUGUUUUCGAAUUGAUUUUUGAAUACUCAGUUCACCCUGACAUUUUUCGUUUCCUGCUUCUCCGCCAUUCUUGCUGCUCGUUGACCUUCCGAGUCCUGCCUCUUCAAUUCCUUUCUGCUGGCAACUCUCUCUCUCUCUCUCUCUCGCGCGCGCGCGCACGCACACACGCACAUAGACGACAUGCGUUCCUUCUUCAGGAUUGCCAAAUCCCAUGGAGUUGGGAUAUCCAAAUGGUAUGGUUUGGGGAACAAACAUCAUAUUGGAUUUCUUGAUGCCGAUAAACUUCGGUCUUUUUAUUCUCUUCAAUCCCAGAUCGAAUCCCUGCCGGCAACACUAUUGCGGCAGUCCCUUGUUGGGGCUGCGGCUAUGAGUGCCAAGGAGAGAUCAGUCUCAGCAAGAAACUCAAAGCACAGUGCCAUGGUAUUGUCUCGCCAGUUUGGGCAAAGUGGCCGCGACGACAUCGACAAGGGUACCCUAUUGAAUAGGGAUUUUCUGGUCCAGCUUUGGGAUGCAGACAGAAAAGCGAGAAGUUUCAGAGCUAAAAGGAAACGGAAGGUUGAUAAGCAACCCCUUUUCCAGCACCCAUUUGGGAGAUGGUUUUCCGGCGCUUCCAUUGCAAAAGAAAAAUCUCGUGGCCGGAAGCAACCACCUCCCAGUGAGCCUGUCACUGGUUUUCUGAAACCAGAAUCUCCAGAGGAGGUUCGGAUUGCGCCUCUUCUUGCCAGGUCCAAUUUGGUGAUUACAAGGGAUAUAGAAUGGGCAAAUCUUGCACUUGGCUUUGAGCAGGAAAACCGAUAUGCAAUAGUAGAUGUGUGCUACCCCCAGUCACCUGUGGGCUAUAUUCGUGAACAGAGUAAUCUGAUUGCUAGACAGUUACUUCGCUCAAGACGCCCUUUCGUUGCAUACAUAAUUGAUGCCUUGGGUAACGAGCUCUUUAGGAUUCGUAGGCCUUUUUGGUGGAUUACCAGCUCAAUUUAUGCAGAGGUUGAUGGCAGGGAAGUUGGUGUGGUUCACCGACGAUGGCAUCUUUGGAGGAGGAUUUACGAUUUGUACCUGGGGGAUAAACAGUUUGCAGUGGUUGAAAAUCCUGGCCUCUGGAACUGGACAUUUACUUUGAAGGACAUUGAUGGGAAAGUUCUGGCAGAGAUUGAUCGUAACUGGAGAGGUUUUGGCUUUGAGCUCUUUACUGAUGCUGGCCAGUAUGCAAUCCGAUUUGGAAGUGCUGAUCCCAGCUCCAAAACUGGACCUGCCUUGAUUGAAGAAUUAGAAGUCUUGCGUCCAUUGACUUUGUCUGAAAGAGCAGUAGCUCUUGCUCUAGCUGUGUCACUGGAUAAUGACUAUUUUUCAAGACAUGGUGGCUGGGGAAUUCCUUUCAUUGCGGUUGAGGAAUAGGACUUCAGAUUGCCACCGAGACUCCUUACCAUGUGCUGAUAGCUUUAUUAUUUUUAUUAUUUUUAAAAUUUUUAAUUUUUUCAUUUCUGUGUGAUUGUGAGGACCUGACAUUUGAACAUACAGAUUGUAUGCUUCUUCAACAUGAUUUACAAUGGCUAUUGCUUUAGUUGCCUAUUGUUGCCAUUUGCCCUUUAAUCUGCAAGAGCUGCCUAAAUAUAUAAUCAUGAAAGGGAAAUAUAUUCAUAUA